UUCGCUUCAUCGCUCCCCGGAGCCGCGGCUGCUGGUAGCCAUGGGCCCGGCCGCGCGCCUGCUGUGGCUGCUGCUGCUGCUGUCGCCGCCGCCCGGCCUGAGCGCGAGGCAGAGCCUGGGGACCGGCCGCCGCCCCCCCCCGCCGCAGAGCGGCCCGACGGGGUCGGCGCUCGGGGGCGGGCGCCGGUUGCUGUCCCUGGAGCUGCUGGAGGAGGCCGAGGACCUGUCGCUGGCCCUGCUGGGGACGGGGCUCCCCGGGCAGCUGCCGCCCGAGUGCCGGGAGCUCCUGGUGGGCUUCGCCAACAGCAGCGUGAGGCUCGCCGGCUGCCUGGUGCGGAGCGCCCGGCCCGUGCGCCUCUGCCAGAGCUGCUACCGCCACUUCCAGAGCGUCACGGAGCAGCUGGAGAACAUCACCCGGGCCGUGGGGAAUUCUUCUGAGAGCAACUGUGCAAAAAGCCUCUUGAUGUCUGAUAGGGUACAGCUAGUUGUGAUCCUUUCGCAGUUCUUUAACAGUACUUGGGAGAAGGCCAACUGUGCAAAUUGUUUGAAGAACAACAGUGAAGGCCUAUCAAAUAGUACAGUAGAGUUCCUAGACUUAUUCAAUACAACACUGAUGUGCUUUGAACAUAACUUCCAGGGGCAAUCCAUCAAUUUUGUACCAAGCAACCACACAGAAGUAUGCAGAAGCUGCAAUGGAACUUACAGAAACCUGAAUACCAUGUAUAACAAAAUGCAAAGAAUGACUGGACACUCAGAACAUAGAACGCACCUGUGUAUUGAUGUGGAAGAUGCAAUGAACAUUACACGAAGGCUUUGGAGUAGAACUUUCAACUGUUCUGUCCCGUGCAGUGAUACAGUCCCAGUGAUUGCAGUUUCUUCAUUCAUUCUCUUUUUACCAGUCAUUUUUUACCUUAGUAGCUUCCUUCACUCAAAGCAGAAGAAACGUAUACUCAUUCUGCCCAAGCGUAUUCAGUCAAAUGCCAGUCUUGUGAACAUCCAAGAAAAAUACAGCUGAGCUGCAAAAGAAAACCAGAAAACCACAACUGGGUAUAUAUUGGGUUCAAUUGUGGUGGAAGGAAGACAGCACAAAAGAGGAGUUAAUUACGGUUUAGUGUUGCUCCAUAUCAUUACACAAGUUAAACAACAUGCUGUCUGACACCUAAAUGGGUAUAUUAACAAACAUGACAAGGCAGGGCUAUGAGACGCAGUAUGGACUUCUGAUUUGAAAAAUAAUUUAAGUCUUUCCAGACUAGUUCUGAAGCUGGUUAUUUUCUGAUUGUUUGACUGCAGGUUUUUUUACUUUUUAUCAACAGAAUAUGUACUUCUUCUGUACGUUGUUUUUCCUUUAUAUUUAAUUUUCUAUAUUGACUCCAUGAAAAUGUAGUAUGACAGUUGUUUUUAUUUCCAGGCAUAUUAGCACAGUCAAGAUGUGAUAAUCUUUCUGAUGUGGUUCUUAUGAACUAGCAAAGCUUAAUAUAAUUUGUUCUGGUUUAAUUCAGUAUCAGAAUUAGAACAUUUCAAAGUAAAAAUUUCAUCUUACCACCUUUGGGUAGACUUGUACUACAGUUUUC